UCAGUUUAAUUGCGGCAACUUGUAACGUUGGACGUGCGAAGCGGAAGAAGCUACCAAAAGGCAACGUUAAAGCGCGCGUGAAAAAAUAUUUAUUUCAACUAAGCUAGCUUGUUGUACAUACUCAUACAUGUGCAUAUAGUAAUUCGUAUUGGUCGUGUAUUGAAGAAAUGAGAAUUGUAUAGAAUUUUUUGAAUUUUAAAAAGUGUGGGAAAACCACGAAAAUCAGUUAGUAGUUGAGGUUGGCAAAAUUUUAAGUGAAUUUACUACGAAAAAUAAACUUGCGAAAUAAUAUUUACUUAUAAGGCAUUCCAGUGUAGAGCUACUAUGCUUCAGUAGAGUGUAACAGCGUGUGAAACUUUGGACGCCACAAAGCGGCGGAAAGGCAAAUGCAACAGCUUUAGUAGUUGACUUAAGAUUGGACUCCGGUGCAGUGGCGAAAAAAAGUAAUAAAAACAAAAACAAAAAAUAUAAAUUAAACGGCCAACUGAGAACCUGAAAAACGAAAAACGGAAAACAAAACAAAAGCAAAAAAGAGUGUAAAUUAGGGUGUGCAAUUGAUAGUGAAUUUAGUGUGAACGCACAUUUUUACAUACAUACACACAUACUUAUUAGGUACGUGCAUGCACUACGUUAAGCUAAAGGAAACCAAUAGUUUAUUUUGGUAAGCUUGUUUGUCCAAGGAAGUUAAGAGUGUGUCGAAUUGCUCAGACGGUUAAACUUUUAACCGUUUACGUCUUGUAAACUGCAGAUGUUGCUGAAAUUGUACUGACUUAAAAAUAAAAUAAAAAAAUAAAAAAGGAUUAUGAAACUGCAACGCUCCUUCAGCGUUAGCCAACUUAAGGCACUGCUACGCAAAGAUGGUCUCGUUCGCCUGCGCCAGCCGGUCAUGACCGUUGUGCAAUUAGCUUGGCCUUGCUUGGUUUUUAUUCUGCUCUACCUCAUUCGCCUCAAGUUCGGGCCCGAACACAUAGAAGACUGCCAAUUUCCCACACGCCUGCUGCCGACCAAAAACCAAGUACUGCCCAGUUUUUAUUCAUAUAUUUGUAGUUUGGAAAAUAAGUGUAUGAACACAAAUCCAUAUGAGGAGACGACUAGUUGGAAGAAUGCGCCUGUGAAACCAAUUGUCGAUAUCGUGAAUAUCUUUGUCACCGACGAUCGCAUGUUUAACGCUGUCAUCGAUUUACCGGUAAAGGCGAAUUUCAUAAAUGCUGUGACGGCAGUGGUCACGGGCGGGCAUUUCGAUCAGAUACGUCAAAGUGUCAGCAAUGUUAUCGAUCUAGUGCCACAAGUAGAGGAAUUUCUAAAUGGCACCUUCGAUAUAAGGCGGCUAUUUUCAGAUCGUAAAACUUUCGUAAAAGCUGGCUACUUAAUGUGUGGUCAUCCGUUCCCCAGCACUGAUACUAUACCGUUAGUGAAUGACAUCCUUUAUGACACCGAGGAUUUCAGCAAAGUUAAUGACGACGAAAUCAAUAUAAUGCCUACCAAAUACUGCAAGCAAUUAUACUUGAACAUUACUACUACAACGACAGGAAAGCUAACUUGGAAUGUGGUUAAGCCAUUGAUACAUGGAAAAAUUCUUUACGCACCUGUUACGGAGGAGACUCAUUCAAUUAUGAUGCAUGCAAACACAACAUUCGAGGAGUUGAAUCGCUUGAAGCGGCUGUCAGGUGCAGUCGCUGAUAUAGUCACUAAGUUACGCGAAGAUGAACAAUUUCAGAAGAGUUUUGAUAGCCUCCUCAAGUUGGCCACAUCGCCAACGGUACGCGCUUACAUCGGCGAGGAUAUUAAUAUCGAUCAAAUUGUCGGCAUUGUUAAUCGUAUACGCACCGAUCCGCUUGUCUAUGACAUUGUUAUGACGGUGAAAAAUAUCUUAGAAUGCUUCUCGGUAGAUCGCUUCAUCCCUCUGGCAUCAGCAAAAGCUUUACAGCUUACUGCAUAUGAAUUAAAUGAGAAACGCCUGUUCUUUGCUGCGGCAUAUUUUAAUAAAACCGAUAAUGAAGUAUCUUACAAGUUACAUAUGGACACUGAAAACACGCAACCGACUUUUGAGAAUAAGAACCGGUUCUGGUUUCCAGGACCAUCACGGAGCAUGAUACGCGACAUGAAAUAUCAUCGUGGCUUUGUACAGAUAAAGAAUGCCAUCGAUAUGGGUAUCAUUAAACAUCAGAAGUUAUUGCAUAAGAAUGUGAGUGAAGAAACUGUUUUCGAGUUGGCCACGAGAAGUCCAGUUUCAAUUGAAAUCGAAACGGGGAGUGGAUUUGGUGAAGAUGAAGACGAAGACGAUGAUGAAUGGUUGACGCCGUCAACAGAGGAAUCUGUGGGCUUUAUGCACCAUCAAAAUGAAACGAAAAGUUUCAACUCGAUGGAAACGAUAGUCAAGUUGGACGAUCAAAAAGUGCACACACGUAAGAGGCGCCAAGCUUUGCUAGAUUUGCUUAAUAUGUUCGGCGGUAGCAACACAGAUGCAUUGAGCAAAUAUGGCGUAGAUGGAUUGCAGAUGUAUACGAAACAAUUUCCAUAUCCCGCAUACACGCACGAUGACAUGAAAAUAGGUAUAUACUUGGCGCAGGCUAUACAAGUCGCCUUCUUUUUGGGUUUGGUAGCGGAAAUCGCCAGUUGUGUGCGUCACCUUAUUUGGAUGCGUGAAAGUCGAAAUACUAUGAUUAUGCGUUCUAUGGGUCUCAAGCCAUGCUCUGAGCUUACAUCCUGGAUUUUGGUAACAUUCGUUGAGCUGCUUAUCAUUUUUUUGGGUGUAACAUUCAUACUUUACAUUGGCGGAUUGCUGAUGUAUGCCUCAUUCGUCUUUGUUAUGUUUUUCCUGUUGGUUUUCGGUGCUUGUUUGAUUUCUUUCUGCUAUAUGUGCUCAACAUUCUUUACGUCGGCCACAAUUGGUGCUGUUGCUACGGCGUUACUCUUUUUUAUCUCUUACUGUCCUUACAUCAUUGUUUUGCUCUUCGAUUCACAUCUCAACUCAUUUGAGAAUUUCUGCAUCAAUAUAUCGUUUACUACUGCCUUUUCACACGCUUGGAGUCAUAUUAUGCGCAUGGAAUUGCAAGAAAUCGGCCUAAGUUUUGCGCAAGUCUUUGAAGAAGGUUGGAGUGGUGAAUUUGGUUUUGCUUUCUUUAUGAUAAUUGUGGAUGCGAUAAUCUAUGCGCUUAUCGCUUAUUUGGUGCGGCAUUUCUUGGAUGAUGAGUACCGUUUUAUUGAAGUGCAAAGAGAGGACUUGGAUUCCAGUGUGGGUGCAACAAUGACUAAUGUGAGCAAAUUGUAUGAUGAGCAAAUAGCAGUUAGUGAUGUGAAUUUAUCUCUACCGAGAGAUAAAAUCACCUGUUUACUGGGCCGCAACGGCGCUGGAAAGAGUACAAUAAUCAAAAUGCUCACCGGUCAGGUGGUGCAAUCAACUGGUCGAGUUAUACUCUCUCAAGCCAUGACAAGCAACGAUGAGUUCGAUAAAGUUGGCGUCUGCUCUCAAGACAAUAUUUUGAUACCAAAUCUGACAGCGCGUGAACACUUGGAAUUAUAUGCAUCGAUUAAGUUAAAGCACAAUUACAAUUCAGAAGUAGAUAAGACGCUGAAAAGUUUGAAGUUUGGAAAAUAUGAGAAUUAUCAAGCGUCGCAACUGUCAGGCGGAUACCAGCGCAGGCUUUGUGUGGCCUUGGCCUUCAUUGGUUCUCCAAAUGUUGUUAUUCUGGACGAGCCAUGUAAUGGUGUUGACUCCAAGGCGCGCAAAGAUAUAUGGGAACUUAUUCAACGUCUGAGAAUGGGACGUGCUGUUGUAUUCGCUACCCACUUCCUGGACGAAGCCGAAUUUCUGAGCGAUGUGGUAGUGAUUAUGAAGAAUGGUAAAAUAAUUGCGAAACACAGUCCCGAUACCCUCCAAGAAUACUGUACCUCCGGCUAUGAAGUGCUGUUCCAUUGCAAAGAUACUCAAACUAUAACCGAAAUUGGUGCUGCCGGUAACGAAAUGCUGGUCAACUUUAGGGAACCGGACUGGUUAGAAAGCGGUGACAUUCGAUUACGAGUGCUCUAUGAUCAGGAUGGAUCUAACAGAUCCGUUAAUUUCCUGAAUUUCCUACAGAAUUUGCAGGCGCGUGGUCUUAUUUCUGAUUUACGCGUCGAAAGUCGUAAUUUAGAACAAAUCUUCGCGGAGUUACAUGAAGACCGCGUGAACGGAUGUGAAACCUUUAAAACAAAGAUGGACUGGAAACCAGUAGAUUUGAAAAAUUCGAAUGCUGCUAACAUUGUGGAUGGUGGCUCCUUGACUUUUACGGCUGCUGUGCGAAAUUUGCUUUGGAAACGUCUCAUACAUUUCAGUCGCAAUUACCGCAUAUUGUUGUGCGUCAUUGUGUUGCCUGCAGUAUUUGAAUUAUUCGCAAUGUGGUUUGUUACGUAUCGUUUGGAGGAUGAUUACGACACAACGAUAAGUUUCACUCGCGAGUUAUAUCCAAAAACAACGCAAAUGUUCAGUAUGGAGUUGAAUAAAACGCUGACAAAUGGCGCUUAUGCAGGCUUGAAAGAGCAAUGCUCAGCUGAGAGUCCGUGUCGAGAGUUUCGAAAUUCUAGCGAAGCUUUCUAUUGGAUUUUACAGUCAAUGGAUGACUAUCAUGAGAAACGUUAUGGCGGAUACUCCUUCAACGAUACAAAUGCCAUUGUUUGGUACAACAAUAAAGGUUAUCACGCAAUGAUGGCUUGGCUUAACGAUUUGAAUACGAAAUUGUUGCAAGUUGAGUUGGGUGACAAUAAUUUUAGCAUCACAACCUUUAAUGAACCUUGGAAGCUUGGUGCGGCGGAGCUAAGUACAACUUCAGUUUUGCGUCAAGCUGGUGAUUCCUCCAUGGUUUUCAUACUCCUGAUUGCCUUUAGUUUGGUGGUAGCUGUGUCCUCCGUAUUUCUAGUUAACGAACGUGUAAAAGGUGAGAAACUACAACAAAAGCUUUGUGGUGUUAACUUGGCCACCUACUGGGGCGUGGCCUUCGUGUGGGACUUUUUGGUCAUGUUCUUCGCCAUAUUGGUCUGCGGUGCCAUUAUAUUUUCCUUCGGAUUACCAGUAUUUUUGGCUCGUCAAAAUAUUUCUGGUAUUUUCGUGCUGGCGCUACUCUUUGCGUUCGCCUGUAUACCUGGUGUGCAUGUAUUUGAGAAGUGCUUCAACGACUCCAGCGUGGCGAUUGUGACCAUCUUCUGUCUGAACAUCAUCAUUCCACUCUUUACGAUGGCUAACAUCGUUUUGCUGGGUGUGGUUGGCGAUUCCGAAAUCUGGGAUGACUGGCGACACUUCCUAAAUAGGGCCUUUCUCAUCUUUCCACAGCAUGCAUUGGGAGAUGGUCUACUAGAGAUCUGCAAAAACUAUAUGGUUUCGCUUGUCUUCCAGCGUUACGACAUUGAUUCGUACAAGCACCCAGUUUCGAGUGAUUUACUCCGUCCACAUAUGCUGGCUUUGCUGCUGCUUGGUAUUUUCUUCAUCAUAUUAAAUGUGCUUUUGGAAACUGGUAAAAUUUAUAAAAUACGUGAAUCGAUUUUAAAUCGCCUUCCCUUCUACCGGAAGUGCGAGCAAAAGCAGGUGGAGGAAUUGAAAAUCGUAUCCAUACAAAAUACGCUUAAGGUUGCCGAUAAGGAUAAUGUUCCGCAAGUAUUGAAAGUGGACAACCUUUGCAAGGCCUACGACCGUGGACAGUAUGUGGUUAAAAAUGUCACAUUUGCGGUGAAGGCGGGCGAAUGCUUUGGCCUCCUGGGAAAGAAUGGCACUGGCAAAUCGACUAUAUUCAAAAUGCUCUCUGGUGAAUUGCAACCAAAUGUGGGUGCAGUCAACUACUUCAAUGGCGAGAUCGCCUAUUGUCCACAAACAAAUCCCUUGGAUUCCCUUCUCACCGUCGAAGAAUGUAUACGCUUUUAUGGCAAUCUGCGGCGUGUGGCUAAUCUCGACAAGCUAAUGGAACACAUACUUGAGUCAUUCCAACUGAAGUCGUACCGUCAUGUUUUGGUUAAGAAUUUGAGUGGCGGCAAUCGUCGCAAACUAACAGUGGCGCUAACCUGCUGUGGCCGCACAACCGUCGUGCUAAUGGACGAGCCCACCAGUGAUAUGGAUCCAGUAACGCGCGCCAUUGUCUAUCGUACCAUACAUGAGCUACUUGCAGCACAACGAGCAGUUGUGCUCACCUCACAUUCGGUGUCAGAGAUUGAUGGAAUAUGCCAUCGCAUCGCUGUACUAAAGGAUGGACAAAUACUAACCUGUGGCAGUCCGGAGAGUUUAAGUACGGAAUACGGCGGCUAUUAUAAUGUGGUGAUUUAUGGCGAUAACCAGUUAAUUGAGUCCGUGGAGAAGUGUAUUCAUGUUCGUUUGCCGCAGUGCGUUGACUUCCAAACAUAUCCGCAUUCCAUUAAGUUUAGUUUGAAAAUCCAAACGUGCAGGCCGCAAGAGAAUGAUAUUGAAGUGAUGCCUUCUUCUAACCAACCAAAAACGCUCACCUUGGCAGAUCUGUUCGGUGAGUUGAAGGUGCUGUCCGAGCAGUAUGAGAAUCGUUUACACUACACCGUCAGCCAUUGUCGGCUGGAUGCGGUGUUUGAGCACAUCUUGGAUGCCAGCGAACAGCCGUCCACAUACCACAAAGGUUUGAGCAAGUCGGCGCUAAUUGGCAGUCCAUCAACUGGUUACAUACACAAUGGCUAUGUUGAAACGGAGACUGUCACAUGACCGUCCAGUGCGUCGUUGCAAACACCACCACCAGCUAAUGCUACAGUUCAGGGCUGUGCUUUACUAAUCUAAGCUAAGUUAUUAUUAGGUAUGUGAAGUAAGUUAGAGGCCAUCGGGCAGUAAUAACGUUACUCUAUUGGAGACCUCCGUCCUUGUCAACUUAAUUAAUUACAUAUCUACUUAAUUAAUCUGUGCAAUGUGUGAUAAGCGAUAAGAUUUAUUUUUAUUGUAAUAAUUGCAACCAUUCGAGUUUUUAUUAUACUUUUUUUAAUGUGUAAUGGUGUAUGAUAAUUGAAUUUAGGAAUUGUUGGUGUAUCUGAGUAAAUAACUUAUUUAGUUUUAAUGUAUUUUUAGAUAUUAGGAAGCUAUAUAUUUACAUGUAUGUAUUUCUGUGGAAUAUCUCUUUUAUUAUAUUGUCAUUUACUAUAUAUGUAUGACUUUUAUGUAUUUUUUGUUUGUGUAAUGUAUUUUUUGAACCCACCCGAUUCCGUUACAAUUAUCAGAGCUAAGCUCAUAUGCAAAAAAGUGCUUUAAAUAUUUAAUAUAUAUAUAUAUAUGUCGAUCGAAGUAUAUUUAGGAACAACCAUAUACUACCUACACACAUACAUAUAUGUACAUACCUAGUUUGAAUGUAAAAUAUACCUGUAAAUAGCUUAUCUCGAUAAUAAACCUAAUUUGUCUAUUACCACA